AUCAUCUCUUCUAUCUAUAUCAACGAGUGUAUGUGCUAGUGACUAUAUUGGUUGGGUUAUCUCGAGUCCAGUUCAAUGAGCGACAACCGUGCGACAUAGAUAGCAAAGUUCUACCAGCAGAAUCAAGGAGCCAUGGUACUCGCUGGAUAGACAAGACCUACUUACAUACCUAUCUAUAAUAAUCCAGGGUUCCAGGGUAUCCAACCAUCUUUAUCAAAGUGUUUAUUAUCAUCCAAGCAGAAAAGAAACCGCAAAUGGCAACCACAAAAGCAGAAUCUCCGUCCACAACUCCAUCACCUUCUCCUCCUUUGACCAUCCUUCUCGGUCUUUCCGGUCCUUCAAGCAGUGGCAAGACCACACUCGCACGACUAUUACGAACCAUCUUCCAAGUCAACAGGGCCACUGCCACUGGACCGGAUGCUUCGAGACCGAAACCCUCGCUUUCUCUUUUCAUCAUCCACCAGGACGAUUUCUACCUAACCGACACUCUUGUCCCCGUGCGCAGAAUCUCUUCCCAGGAGUUUGGCACACGUGAUCUCCAAGAUUGGGAUUGUGUCGAGAGUCUUGACCUAAAGCUCUUUGAGGACACGCUCCGUCAUGUCCAAGCUCACGGUGUGGUGCCCGCGGGAAGUGUGAGCAAGGAAGAUGAAAAUAGUGUGGGUGAGAGUGGCGUGUCCGAUGAGGUGGUGGAACAGCACGGGGCCCAGGUCCAGGCAUGGUUUGAUGGUCUGAUAAGCAGUCUGAGCGACGUGGAUACAUUGAGAGAUAUCAGGAUUUGUAUCCUCGACGGCUUCCUCUUGUAUCCUCCACCACCCUCUCUUCGGUCAUCAUCAACAUCAACGGCACCAACCACCACGUCAUCAGAUCCGUUAUCGCAGCUCCACCAUCUGACAUCGACCUUACUCUCUCCCCGACUUUUCCUGCCCACCAUACUUCCUCGUCUUCUGCAUCGUCGUCUCAACCGCACCGGCUACGUCACGCUCGAAGGGUUCUGGACCGAUCCACCGGGCUACUGCCAGGACCUGGUCUGGCCUAACUACGUCAGAGACCAUGCCUGGAUGUACGUUGGGGGCGAGGUCAAUGGGGGAGAAGGUGUAUUUGACCAGAAAGUGUUGGCCCAGCAAGGAAUCACCGUAUGUCCAGGUGCGGGUGCGUGGCCAAUGUCCCAAGUUUUGUCAUGGGCGGUGGAUCAGGUGUGGGCUGAAGUGGAGCGAAGAAUCAAAGAGGAUCGAGGUAUAAUGGGACAUCAAGACAUGGAAUAAAUGGUCGUGAACCCACCGAAAGAAUAGUAUUACAAAUCUUUGUUCUAUAUUGCUGUUCUAGUACACAUGGUGGAAUACAAAG